AUGCUUCUUGACGCCGUUCGGUGGAUGGACGCGUCGCUCGUGCACCCCGUAGCUGCUCGACUCGCUGCGUCUGUAGCCAAUCCAGCCGUGCUGAGCUUUUUACUAUGGGAUCGACUGAAAGCGCUGACGCCGCAGCGCGCGCGCGACCUGACGCGGCUGCUGACGACUGCCAUGGCCGACGCACUCGGUGUGUUUGGCGCGGAGAAGGGGCAGCAGCUCCGCGCGCGUGCCACGCAGCUGCAGCAGGACUUUGUACGGGCGGCCGUCUCGCGCAAAGGUCGGGACGUUGUGCUGCACAGUGUGGCGACUGUAGCCAAAGUCGCACAAGCACUCAAUACGCCCGAGACCAAGUCAGCUACGCAGCAAAUGGUGUCCACGCUGCAGUCGGUAUUAGACUUCUUUGCGAGUGACGACGGACGGCGCGUGAUCGAGACAACGGGCGAGUGCAUCACAUGUGCGACCGAGAUGGCCGCGUCGCCGGAAGCCUCGAUUUUCUUGGCCGAGCUGGCGUCAAAUCUCUUGCAUGCGCUCGAGAGCGAGGAGAUACGGCAGCAACAGGCGACUGCAGAUAAAGUAGAUGGGAUGGUCCACAAGCGGAACGCGCAGGACGAUCGAGACGUGGAGAAUGAGCACGAGCCGCAGCGGGGGAUGGAGGCGAACGAGCAAAUGGCGGGCAAAUGCGUAGACUCGCCGACGUCUUCGAUGACCGACACCCAGUCGGGUACGCAUCGUCCGAGUUUGAAGUCAUCGCCUGCCGAGCAAAACAGCAGCUACCGCUCGGCACGCAUUGAAAAGGAGGUGUUGACAACAAUGGGAGUGGACCCCUCGAUGCUUGGUGAGAUCCAGCGUGUGCUCGACAUGAUUGCUGCAAAGGAAGGAAAGGAAAAGCGUGCGGCAAUGCAACGUCAACAUGAAGAGGCUGAAUAUGUUGCGGGCUUAGUCGUGCCGGAGCCGAGUCAACACGACGCUGGUGGAGACAGUGCCGACGCAGGUAUUGCGCACGCAUUCGGCGACGGCGAAAACGAGGCGAAAGUCGAUGAGGAUGUCAAUGGAAGCGAGGGAGCGUCACCACCCGUGCUGGUUCCCGAUUGGCACGAGGAGCCGCUGCGAAAGGCACUGCACCGCCGUCAUGCGCACGCUGAGAAAGUGGCCGGGCAACGCGAUCCGUUCGAUCGUCAGGCUCGUGAGAUGGCUGCAGUGCUGGUCCAACGCAACGCAACUCGCGGGAAUUUGCCGUCUGGCGAUAUAAUCGCUUGCCGAGUUAUUGCACGGGUGCUCGUGUAUGGUGUGGGUGCGUUUGUGCUGCUGUCGGGCUACCUGCUUGGUCGUCACUUGCUUGGCCGAGAAGCGUAG